UUUAUUUAAGGUUCAGUGACAUGUCAUGGUGAUAAAGUGAAGAAUGCCAACUGUCCUAAAGAUCAAUACAUGGUGGUCAAGUUUGCAACUUACCGUGGAUUGCUUGCACCAAAGACAUGUGGCUCAAGUGAUGAUUAUAGUUGUGAAGUUGAUGUAACAUGUCUUGUUAAGAAACAAUGUGAUGGUCUACAUGAGUGUAAUAUAACUGUGGAUGACAAUUUGUUCUCUGGUGAUCUAUGUCCUGGAUUGUCAAACUAUCUUUACUUUGAAUAUCAAUGUGUUGAUACUGUGAAACCUUACAGAGAACCUUGUGGUACGCGUAGUUAUAAUAAGUAUGGUUCUGUUGAUGGUUACAACUUGUAGUUUCAAUCAACUUCUCUUAAGGGCUGUGCACAAGACAAGUUCUCAUAUACAGUAUUUAAAAAUGUUUCAACUUCCAUUUAGCACACACAUAAUCAUGUUUUGAACAUAUCAUUAUCAGUGACACCCCACUAUAUAGCUCUACAUGGCACAAUAACCUUGUUUCUCUCCAUGUUUUUGUAGUUCAUGACGUGUCUCUAUCAUAUUCAUCUCUACCUUACAAAGGUGUUGUACAAAUCACCACUGAUAGUGGGACCAAGAAUGUUUGUUGGAAAAGUUUAAAGAACCAGGCCAAAGAUAUUAUUUGUCGCCACCUGGGAUACAACGGGAUAUUCUCUCUUGUUAAUAUAUCCACUCCAACGGAUGCCAAAAAUGCAACAUUUUCUGGAAGUAUAAACUGCAAUGGUGAAGAGAAAUACUUAUCCCAGUGUUCAAUUACUGCAUCAACAGGCGACAGUUGUUCUGAGUUAUCAUACAUACAAUGUAAGUGUGGUACAAUUCAGCUAGAUAAAAAGGAGCGAAUAAGAUGCAAAGGUAAAAGUGGUAGAAAAUAUAAAAAGAAAUAGGAAGAAACUAAUUAAAAUAAAAAUGGAAUGUGAUGACACUCGAAGAAUAACUUCAAUGUGAUCAAUCGUUCAUCAAAAUUUAUUUGCAUAUUUUAGGUGGUUCUUUUCGGCCACUGUUAGAAGAUGAACAAAGAUUUCCAGAUUCAUCAUUUAGUGCGUCUGCUUCUUCAGAAGGUCACAGUGCUUCUGAUGCAAGGAUGUCUAGUGGUAGUUCUUGGUGUGCUCCUGUUUCAGAUGACAAACAUUAUCUUCAAGUGGACUUAGGAAGACAGUAUGAUCUCGACUUUUUCGUAACGUAUGGUGACAGUUCCGGCCAAAAAUGGGUUGCCACAUAUAAUUUGGAAUACACUGUUGAUUUGGUGAACUGGAAAACGCUAAGCCGGGUGAGAAAGAAUGAUAUUAGCCAACAAUAAGAAUAUAAUAGCAUGUACAUCAUUAUUUAACCUAUUAUUGGGAUAUUUCGUUGUUCUUUACUCUUCUUGUUUGUAGAUACUUCAAGGAAACAAAAAUGCUUACGAUCAUGCAGCCUGGGGAUCUAUUUCAGUUCGAGCGAGGGCUUUACGAUUCAUUCCAUUAACAUACGUAGGUCAACCAUGUAUGAGAGUCGACAUUAGUGGUUCUAGUAAGUUGCUAAACAUUAUUUGAUCUUCUAAAAUUCCGAUAAAAUAACUUAACAGUAGUUAUCUCUAACCGAAAAGAAUCAAAUGAUUUCUUCAUGCCUAAUACGAAUUUUUUUGGAAUUAUUAUAAUAGUAGACAAUACGUAGACCAAGGUCAAAUUGAAAUAGGAGCAGAUAAUUUGCAAAAGUUGGUCUUACUUCCCCAGCUGAAGAGAACCAAAUUAAUGCAUGCAUAAUUUAUGCCUGAUUACUUGACAUUGACUGGUGGAUGACUACAAGUUCCACUCUGGAUCACGAUGACAUUAUCUUUCUAAGAUCAGUAUCCGCAUACCUUCUGGGUUUUUUUUGUCAAUAUAUGUCAAAUCCUCUUUUCACAAUUAUUUAUCACACAUUUUAUGAUUAUAUUUUGUACUUUCCCCAUAGUUUUGUUACCAGACAAGCCAACAAAUCUCACCGUCACAAACAUCAUGUCUAGAAGUGCUGAAAUAUCUUGGCUAGAUCCUAAAAUUCGAGGGAUACUUGGUAUUUCACGCUUUUCGAUCAAAUUGAAAAAAGAAAACUCUUUAAUCCUGAGCAUUACCACAGGAAAAGUGAAUAAAUAUGAAGUAAAUGAUCUCACUCCAGAUACUACAUAUGAAAUAUCUGUAGCUGCUGGAAAUUAUUAUGGUUUUGGUGAAGAGACUUUUACUUCGUUCUUGACAUCUGAAGGAGGUAAGUG